UCGCGCUCUCUUCCCCCCUUGCCCUCCUUCUCCCCCACUCGUCCUCCCACUCCUGCAUUUCGAGUGCCAGUGGCCGCUAUCCCUGUUUACAAGAUUCGCUGUGCUUGUCGGCCCUAUUGUUUUUGUGAGGCGCCAUGGCUGACCAGUUUGGGCCCAUUACUUUAAAAUGGGAUCCAAAAAAUCUAGAAAUCCGGACAAUGUCCGUGGAGAAGACGUUGGAGCCUCUCGUGAUGCAGGUCACGACCCUUGUGAGCACAAAGGGACCAUCAAAGAAGAAGAAAGGGCGAUCUAAAAGGGCUCACGUUUUGGUGGCCGCCGUUGAAAAAGCAACUGAAAAUUUCAUCCUUCAGGGCGAGCAGAUUGCUUAUGAAAAUCCAGACAUAAAAGAAGAAAUGCUUUCGGCAGUAGAUGAAGUCAAGAAAACUGGAGAUGCAAUGAGUCUUGCGGCUCGAGAGUUUGCCGAAGACCCUUGCUCAUCAAUGAAAAGAGGCAACAUGGUCCGAGCAGCUCGAAAUCUUCUCUCAGCAGUUACCAGACUUCUGAUUUUGGCAGACAUGGUUGAUGUCCACCUGCUCCUAAAAUCACUCCAAGUUGUUGAGGAUGACUUAGAAAAGGUCAGGAAUGCAUCCAGUCAGCCUGAAUUGCUAGAGAGCAUUCGUUCCUUUGGCCGCAAUGCAGCAGAGUUGAUUGCCCAGGCAGCCAAAAGGCAGGCAGAGUUGAAGGACGUUCAACUCCGAGACGAUCUGGCUGCUGCCAGGGCUGUCUUAAAGAAGCACUCCACUAUGCUCUUGACUGCUUCUAAAGUGUAUGUCCGUCAUCCCGAGUUGGCUGCAGCUAAGGCCAAUCGUGACUACGUCUUCAAGCAAGUGUGCGAGGCCGUGAACACAAUCUCAGACGUGGCUCAAGGCAAAAAUCCUUCCAUGCCACAGCAACCGUAUGAUGGACCUGGAGAGCUCGCAGCUGCUCUCGACGACUUUGAUGAACGUAUUGUUAUUGACCCUCUGGCCUACAAUGAGGUUCGCACUCGACCGUCUUUGGAGGAGCGCCUGGAGAGCAUUAUCAGCGGCGCCGCUCUGAUGGCAGAUUCAUCUUGCACCAGAGAUGAGCGCCGAGAAAGAAUUGUUGCCGAGUGCAACGCCGUGCGCCAGGCCCUGCAAGAUUUGCUUUCGGAAUACAUGUCCAACCUUGAGACAGCAAGGCACCUUAAAAGAAGCGGGAUGGGUGUCAAGGACCGCAGCGACGGUUUGGAUCGGGCCAUCGAUCACAUGUGCCGCAAGACGCGUGACUUGAGGCGUCAGCUGCGCAAGGCAGUUGUGGACCACGUCUCUGACAGUUUUUUGGAGACCAGUGUCCCUUUGCUGGUGCUCAUCGAGGCCGCCAGACUCGGCAACGAAAAAGAGGUAGCUGAGUACUCGGAGGUAUUCACCGAGCAUGCCAACAAACUCGUCGAGGUGGCCAACUUGGCCUGCAGCAUGAGUGGAAACGAAGACGGAGUCAAGAUGGUCCGUUACGCCGCCGCACAAAUUGAAAACCUUUGCCCCCAGGUCAUCAACGCUGCUCAAAUUCUGGCAGCGCGACCUCGGUCGAAGGUCGCACAAGAAAACAUGGACGUGUUCCGCGAGGCCUGGGAAAACCAAGUGCGCAUUCUGACUGAGGCCGUUGACGACAUCACCACUAUUGAUGAUUUCUUGGCUGUCUCCGAAAACCACAUUCUGGAGGACGUGAACAAAUGCGUGUUGGCUCUUCAAGAAGGCGAUCCGGACACUCUUGAUCGCACUGCAGGUGCCAUUAGAGGAAGGUCCGCCCGAGUUUGCAAUGUUGUGGAUGCCGAAAUGGACAAUUACGAGCCUGGAAUCUACACUGAGCGGGUUUUGGAAGCUGUUAAAGUUCUACGAGACCAAGUUAUGCCGAACUUUGCCGAGAGGGUUGAGGUUGCAGUCACAGCUCUUUCCACAAACCCGCCAAAGGAAGUCGACGAGAACGAGUUCAUUGAUGCUUCCCGUCUGGUUUAUGACGGCGUGCGUGAAAUUCGCCGAGCUGUUUUGAUGAAUCGCACAGACGAGGAAUUGGACCCUGAAGAUGUUGAACUUGACGAGCACAACACAGUUGAAACUCGCAGCAAAUCGAGCAUUCACACUGGAGAUGGCCCAGGACACGGAGUUGACGAAUAUCCUGACAUAAGUGGAAUAACAACUGCUAGAGAAGCUAUGCGUAAGAUGACUGAGGAGGACAAACAGAAGAUUGCUCAGCAAGUGGAGUACUUCCGGUCGGAAAAACUGAAGUUUGACAGGGAAGUUGCUAAGUGGGACGACACUGGCAAUGAUAUAAUUGUCCUUGCAAAACACAUGUGCAUGAUCAUGAUGGAGAUGACAGACUUUACCAGGGGUCGAGGGCCGUUGAAAACCACCAUGGACGUCAUCACAGCUGCUAAGAAGAUUUCUGAGGCCGGAACUAAACUUGAUAAACUGACAAGGAUGAUUGCUGACCAGUGCCCGGAGUCUUCCACAAAGAAGGAUUUGCUGGCUUACCUGCAAAGAAUUGCCCUCUACUGCCACCAGCUGAACAUCACAUCCAAAGUCAAAGCCGAUGUGCAAAACAUCAGUGGAGAACUCAUUGUCUCUGGGUUGGACAGCGCCACCUCUUUGAUCCAGGCAGCCAAGAACUUGAUGAAUGCUGUGGUGCUCACCGUUAAAGCAUCUUACGUCGCCUCGACCAAGUACCCUCGACAGGGCACAGUCUCGGAAGUAACGGAUUCAGGUUUUGCCAAGUCGGAAGGAUCUCGUUUUUAUUUCCCCGUUUCAACUGAACACUCCAUUCUAUACGGAGUCAAUCUGUCUCCGAUUGUGGUUUGGAAGAUGAAGGCUCCGGAGAAGAAGCCUCUGGUGAGGCCUGAGAGACCUGAGGAGGUUCGAGCCAAAGUCCGCAAGGGAUCUCAGAAGAAGGUGCAGAACCCCAUCAAAGCGCUCAGCGAAUUCCAAAGUCCAUCAGAAUCGGUCUAACUUAACAUUUAUUUAUACACUAUCGCAGCUCGGUCUUUUUGAGACCAUAACCUAUAGGAGACUUCUUUUUAUAACUUUUAAUGCAACUUGAACUUUAUCAUUUGAACCCUCACAGGUGGGGUAAAUCAAUCAGAUGUUAGGCUUCUAUUGUUUUUAGCAGCUAAUUGCAUCUUACGUUUUACUUUUUAAAUUUUAUAUGAGAGUAGAAAUAGUAAAAUUCUGAUUUCCAGCCUCACACAAACUGUAAAAGGAAAUUAUAAUUCCAUAGUAAUUGUGCUCAGCUUCACUUUUCUAUCAGUCAUCAGCACAACACGUUUUUCUGUAAAAAUAAAUAUUUGUGUGAGAUCUUUCAUAAAGAACGCACCUGCCAAAAAAUAUUUAAUGAUUCUUCGUAGGUGUAACAGUUAAAUUCCUCCUCUUAGCAUUUAACUGAUCAUUUACUGCACUGUUUAUGGUCCAGUGAGCUUAUAUGUUACGUUCCAUCGCAGUUAAAUUUUUAUUUUAGCAACUUGAAAAAUUAUUGUUUAUCAAAUUACAUAUACGUCCUCUAAAUCUUUUUUUUUU